GCAGCGCAAGUCUUUGGAGGAGCCCAAUGUUGACAUCGGAGAAUAUGCGGCAAAACAACACGGUGGCGCUUCACCAUGCAUGUAUAAAGAGUAGGGAGCUGCAAGUAGUUCGAGGUAAGGGAGACACAGACCAGGAAUGACUGUUGAUGCUGGAGUAAAAAGUCAGCUGCCAGACAAUGAGCUGGACAAGCGACUCUGCAACUCCAGAAUCCAACACUCUCUCAACCGGAUUCAAUAACGACAGUAACAAACCUAACAUGACGCAUACUGACGGUGCUUUCCAUCAGGAAACCGUUGGAGACAUAAACAACCUAAGUCACAUUGACAAGGAUGACUCAUGCCACACUUCCACAUUGCCCCCUGGCUGGAUCAGAGAGGUUAGGCAGCGUAAAGCAGGCAAGACGGCAGGCAGAAUGGACGUCUACAUUACAAGUCCCCAAGGGCAGAGGUUCCGGUCAAAGCCAUCCCUGCAUGCUUUCCUCAUAAAAGAUGGAGAAGGGGACCUAGAUAUAGACCUCUUUGAUUUCACUGCAUCCAAGGACGAUGCUGUCAUCGCUUCGCAAUUACUGCCCUCUCGAGUGAAACAGAAGAGAAGAGAUAAAAUACAUGCAGGUGGAGAGCAGGAGACAAAAGAAGAUGCAACACAAAUACUGGAUCCACCUCCUUAUAAAUCUAAAAGAGCCUCUUCCUACCUCAAAAGUAAAACUAAAGACGGAAAAGUAAGAAGUGCAAGUGUGAAGAGCUGCAUAGAAGCAGCCCCUUUAACCAAAGAGGAAGAUGUCAAACUGCAGAAGAGCCCUCAGAGGUCGGGUCAGCUGAGAGACAAGCUACUCCGACUGGCUCCCAGUAACCAACACACUGUCAUUGUUAACAAGGGCGAAGAAGCAGACUCAAGGCCUUCUGCCCCGACACUCAAUGUUGAACCUGCCACUGAGAGUGAGAAUGAGGGUGAGGAUGAACGAAGCAGUGAUGAGCUACAGAUUCGCAGCAAAGGUGCCAACAAAUCUAAUUCUGAACUAGAGGCAGAUGCUGAAGAUGAAGAAGAGGAGGUGUUGUUACCUGACACCACUGGUGGGAGCCGCACACCAGUGAGAGAUUCCCAGAAUAGGUCCAAGUGCGGGGAAGACAAACGCAAAACAAGCCCUUAUUUUAGCAGGAAACACGCCAGUGAUGGCCUUAGCCCCCCCAGGAGGAAGACCUUCAAGAAGUGGACACCGCCCCGCUCACCCUACAACCUUGUACAGGAAACACUUUUCCACGACCCCUGGAAGCUUCUGGUGGCCACCAUUUUUCUGAAUAAGACGAGUGGCAAGAUGGCCAUUCCAGUACUGUGGCAGUUCUUUGAGCGUUACCCGUCGGCAGAUGUGACCCGGGAGGCCGACUGGAAGCCCCUGUCUGAACUUAUGAAGCCACUAGGCCUGUAUGAGCUCAGAGCAAAAACACUUGUACGCUUCUCAGAUGAAUAUCUCACUAAACAGUGGCGUUAUCCCAUUGAGUUGUAUGGUAUUGGGAAGUACGGCAACGACUCCUAUAGGAUCUUCUGUGUGGACGAGUGGAGGGAGGUAAAACCUGAAGAUCACAUGCUAAACAAAUACCAUGACUGGCUAUGGGAGAACCAUGAAAGACUUGGAAUCUGAAACAAUGACGAACGAAGAACGAAUGAAGAAAGCAAGGAAGGUUUGCUUCGGAAAAGACAAGAAACUCAGUUACAUCACAUAAAUCAUUACAAUAUUAGUAUUAUGAUGAACUUACAUCAUUAUACCUGAAUAUCUCUAAAAUUAUGCAUUGAAAGUUCUCUUUACUUAAAAAAAAGUUUUAAUUAGCGUGUAAUAAAAUGUUUCAAGUGGUUCAAAAGUUG